AUGAUCGACUCACCAGAUAUCAUACUUAUUUCUGAAACAUGGUUCAAAAAUGACUUAAUUAUAAAUAUUAGAAACUACAACUGCUUUUACAAUAAUAGAACAAACAAACAAGGUGGAGGUGUUGCAAUUUUUACAAAAUAUGAUAUAAUUGCUUAUGAAGUAUCAGUUUCACCUUUAUAUAAAGAAGUUGAACAAAUAUGGUGUAGCAUUGUACUUCAUAAAACAAAAAUAUUAGUUGCAUGUAUAUACAGACCACCAAACAGUACUGACCUAAUAAAUAAUGCAAUUAAUGAAUUAAUAAAAACUGCAAAAAAGGAAGUAAUGAAUGGAAAAUACUCAAAUGUAAUAAUUGUUGGUGAUUUUAAUUACCCAAAUAUUAUUUGGAAUGAAGACGGAACUAUCGAGCUAAAGCAAAACUGCCAAACAAGCAGAGCAUUUAUUAAUAACUUGCAAAACAAUUAUUUACAUCAAGUAGUUAACAAGCCAACUUUUCAAAUGGCUGUUGAUAAACCAGCAAAUAUAUUAGAUUUAAUAAUAUGCGACGAUCUAGAUUUAAUAAUUAACAUUGAAUAUGAUGCUCCACUUGGUCAAAUUACUAAAAGCCAUUACAUAUUAAAAUGGGAAAUUAACAUACUCAAUUCAUAUGAGAAAAAAUUCAACAAUAAGAGAUUUAAUUUUCGAAACGGAAAGUACAAAGAAAUGAAUCUUAUGUUUUAUAAAAAUCUAGUUAGAAAAAAACGUAGUUUAUGGUGCAGAGUUCGUGCUACAAACUUCAAGAACACAAACUUAAAUAAUGAAUACAAACUUAUCAACAAAACAAUUAAAAAACAAAUUAAAAAAUCUACUUUUGAUUAUGAAAUAAACUUAGCAAAAGAUGUAAAACAUAAUCCAAAACGCUUCUAUGCAUAUGCACAAAGAAAAAACCAGACACAUACAAAAUUGCUAGCACUUAAAACUAGUGACAACAAAAUAAUAACUGAUAAAAAAGUAGUUGCUAAUCUACUAAAUUGUAGUUUCCAAUCAGUAUUUGUCAAAGAAAAUCAAGAUUUACCAUAUUUCAGCAAUAAAACUAGUCAUUUAUUUGAAUGUGACUGGGACCAAGAACUAAAAGAAGAUAUUAUAUUUAAUUAUUUAUUAGAACUUAAUGAAAACAAGUCACUUGGUUGUGAUAACAUCAGUCCCUACGUGCUAAAGCAUUGUGCAGAAGGAUUAUCCAAACCUUUGUCUUUAAUAUUCAAGAAAUCGAUACAUUCAGGAAAGCUGCCAGAAUUAUGGAAAUCUGCAAACAUUACACCACUUUUUAAAAAAGGAGACAAGAAAGAUCCACUCAACUACAGACCUAUCUCCUUAACAUCGAUACCAAGUAAGAUAAUAGAGAAAAUAAUUAGAAAAAAACUGAUAAUUUAUAUAACAGAAAACAAUCUGUUAACGUCUCAACAACAUGGAUUUAUACAAAAUAAAGGGUGCCUAACAAACCUAUUAGAAACUUUCGAUAUUAUUACAACUGAAAUUGAAAAUGGUUAUCCAGUUGAUAUAUUAAAACAAAGAGUGGUAAUGGGUGAAGUUGUAUCAGAUUGGUGCGAGGUUUAUAGUGGUGUACCACAGGGCUCUGUAUUAGGUCCUCUUCUUUUUCUGUUAUAUAUCAAUGAUCUUCCCCAAUGUAUCUCUUCAAUCGCAAAAUUAUACGCUGAUGAUACUAAAAUCAUAUCUGUUAUAAAAGAACAUAAUGAUCUAGCUAAUAUGCAAAAUGACAUUGAUUUGUUAACUGAAUGGUCAAAUGUAUGGUUAAUGGACUUUAACAUAAAUAAAUGCAGUGUUAUGCACAUUGGAAGAAAAAAUAUUAACUAUAACUACACUAUAAAGCACGACAAUCAAAGUUUUCUUCUAAAAACAACAACAAAAGAACUAGACUUGGGUGUAAUAGUUUCAUCCAAUAUGAAAUUGAAUCAUCAGGUUCAAGUAGCUACAAGUAAAGCACAAAGAAUCUUAUGUUUAAUAAGAAAAAGCUUUACUUAUCUUAACACUGAAAUGGUAAGGCAACUAUACACAUCGUUGGUUAGACCACACUUGGAAUUCGCAGCUCCAGUGUGGAGUCCAAGUAAUAAAAACAAUAUCAAUGACCUAGAAAAAAUUCAAAGGCGAGCAACAAAGCUAGCCCCUGAACUAAAACAUCUAAGUUAUACCGAAAGAUUGACAAAGUUGGGCCUCACAACUCUGGAAACAAGACGUAUAAGAGGAGAUCUCAUUGCUUUCUUUAAAUUAACAACUGGGAUUGAUAAGAUAUUAUGGUAUAAAGAGCCUAAUAAAGCUUCUUCCCAGAGACUUCGAGGUCAUCCAAUGAAAUUUGAAAGAGAAUUUGCAAAAACAACACCGAGACAUAAUUUUUUUACGAACAGAGUGAUACCUCAUUGGAAUGCUUUACCUGAAAAAGUGGUUUCUGCAAUGACACUGUACGAGGCUCUUACAGAUUGA